UAGGGUUACAGUCCAUUUAUGGGCGCGGCAGAGGGCCCAUAUCAGUGUCCAUGGCAUUCGUUCCCAGCUAUUCUUAGGAGGCUCUGAGGAGCUCCACACAGCCUGGCCAGGCAGCAGGGGACGGAGCAGAGGCCGCCGCUGUCAGCACCAGCAUGUCCUACAGUGUGACCCUGACCGGGCCUGGGCCCUGGGGCUUCCGUCUGCAGGGCGGCAAGGACUUCAACAUGCCGCUCACUAUCUCCCGGAUCACGCCGGGCAGCAAGGCCGCCCAGUCCCAGCUCAGCCAGGGUGACCUUGUGGUGGCCAUUGACGGCGUCAACACAGACACCAUGACCCACCUGGAGGCCCAGAACAAGAUCAAGUCUGCCAGCUACAACCUGAGCCUCACGCUGCAGAAGUCGAAGCGGCCUAUUCCCAUCUCCACGACAGCACCUCCGAUCCAGUCCCCUCUGCCGGUGAUCCCACACCAGAAGGUGGUAGCCAACUCUCCAGCCAACGCCGACUACCAGGAGCGCUUCAACCCCAGCGCCCUCAAGGACUCGGCCCUGUCCACCCACAAGCCCAUCGAGGUGAAGGGGCUGGGCGGCAAGGCCACCAUCAUCCACGCGCAGUACAACACGCCCAUCAGCAUGUAUUCCCAGGAUGCCAUCAUGGACGCCAUCGCCGGGCAGGCGCAGGCCCAGGGCAGUGACUUCAGCGGGGCAUCGCCGCUGGCGAGCCUUCCUAUUAAAGACCUGGCCGUGGACAGCGCCUCUCCCGUGUACCAGGCUGUGAUCAAGAACCAGAACAAGCCGGAGGACGAGGCCGAUGAGUGGGCCCGCCGCUCCUCCAACCUGCAGUCGCGUUCCUUCCGCAUCCUGGCCCAGAUGACAGGCACGGAAUUCAUGCAAGACCCUGACGAGGAAGCUUUGAGAAGGUCAAGGCCCCAGGCCUCGGCCUACAGUCCGGCUGCAGCAAGCUCUUCGGCACCUGCCACCCAUACAUACAGUGAGGCCCCAGCUGCCCCUGCACCCAAGCCCCGGGUUGUCACCACUGCCAGCAUCCGGCCCUCUGUCUACCAGCCAGUGCCUGCGGCUACCUACAGCCCUUCCCCGGGGGCCAAUUACAGCCCGACUCCCUAUACCCCCUCUCCUGCCCCUGCCUACACCCCCUCACCUGCCCCCACUUACUCCUCCUCUCCGGCCCCAGCCUAUACCCCCUCGCCUGCCCCAAGCUAUAACCCUGCUCCCUCGGCCGCCUACAGCGGGGGCCCUGCGGAGUCUGCCAGCCGCCCCCCGUGGGUGACAGAUGACAGCUUCUCGCAGAAGUUUGCCCCUGGCAAGAGCACCACCUCCAUCAGCAAGCAGACCCUCCCCCGAGGGGCCCCUGCCUACACCCCGACGACAGGCCCCCAAGUGUCCCCCCUUGCCAGGGGCACUGUCCAGAGGGCCGAGCGCUUCCCAGCCAGCAGCCGGACUCCGCUCUGUGGCCACUGCAACAGCAUCAUCCGGGGCCCCUUUCUGGUAGCCAUGGGCCGCUCCUGGCACCCGGAAGAGUUCACCUGUGCCUACUGCAAGACCUCCCUGGCGGACGUGUGCUUUGUGGAGGAGCAGAACAACGUUUACUGCGAGCGGUGUUAUGAGCAGUUUUUUGCCCCAAUCUGUGCCAAGUGCAACACCAAAAUCAUGGGGGAAGUGAUGCACGCCCUGAGACAGACGUGGCACACCACCUGCUUCGUCUGUGCAGCCUGCAAGAAGCCCUUCGGGAACAGCCUCUUCCACAUGGAAGACGGGGAGCCCUACUGCGAGAAGGACUACAUCAAUCUAUUCAGCACCAAGUGUCAUGGCUGCGAUUUCCCUGUGGAGGCCGGUGACAAGUUUAUUGAAGCUCUGGGACACACCUGGCAUGACACCUGCUUCAUUUGCGCAGUCUGCCACGUGAAUCUGGAGGGGCAGCCGUUCUACUCCAAGAAAGACAAACCGCUGUGCAAGAAGCACGCGCACGCCAUCCACGUGUAGGGAGCCCAGGGCGUCGGAUGCGGACAGGCUGCGAGCUGCUCCUGCUGCUGGCAACAAAGGAUUCAAGGAGGCUGGUGUUUCUUUUGAGGGGAAAGAGGGAAGACAGGAAGCAACGGAGCCCUUUUGAAGUAUAAUUUUAGUCCUUUCUUCUGCACUCAGAUCAUGUAUUUGCAUAGUUCAGACUAGGAGCCAAAUGAAGAUUCCUAAACCAAGCUAGUAAUUAAUCCAAGACUGGAAUUGUACUUCAAAUGUUCAAGGACAGGAAUCCAAGAACGCAAGAGUGAAAAACGAAAAGUCACUUUCCCGAAGGCGGACACUUCCCUGAGGUCCCCGGAGCAGAGAUGGAGCUCAGAGCAGUUGUGGAGAAUCUGGAGCGUCUGCGGAGUUCUUUCGAGCUCCUCUGGCAAACGAGCCAAGUGCCAACAGUCCUGGCUGCGGGGUAUUUUUAGAGCCAUAGCUGAGAGCUGGUUAGCUAAGACCGAUUGGGCUUUCCUCACCAAAAAAGGAAGUGUUAUUCCAUGACUAGCGUCAUGGCUACCUCUGCACAUCAGACUUCAGGCCUUGAACAGACUCGAACAUUCUAAAGGGAGCCCAGACAUCCAAAGAGAUGUCUUCCGGGAGCCGCUGGGCAAUUGAUGGGGCUUCGGGAAGGGCUGUGGCUCAAACUGCAGAUGGUUGAGCCAAGACGGGCUCUUCCGUUACCCUCUUUCAGUCGGAAACAUUGCACUGUCCCCUGAAGGCUUCGCUCCUGUUGGAAUUGCGGUGCGCAAGUGGAAUUGGGUUUUUCCAGUUUUGCUUUGCUGUGUGUGAGAGGAGAUUUUUACGACGACUCUGGGUUGUGUUUGGCCUUUGUUUUGCUUUGUGAGGUGCGUUAGCAUGAGUGUCCCGUUUUGUGCAUGCAUUUCACUCCCAGGCCUAUGACUGCUCACUUAGUGAGUCUUCCUUAGCACCCCUUCCCCCAACAGGCUUGGUGACCUGCGGGAAAGAAGAGAGAGGCAGUGUCUGAGACAGGAUGGCAGAAUAAAUAAGUUGAGAACAUGCCCAAGCUCCGGGUGGGGAUGAAGAUUACUUUCUGCCAACCUGAGUAGGAACACACGCGUUGGCAGGCCCUCCCACUCAGAUCUGCAGCAUCCUUCUCAUAUGUUCCUUUAAAUCCAGCACGAUUACGUACAAGUGUGUUGACUGCCGGAAGGAAAAGAUGGACUGAUAGACACUUAUUCGCCAUUCUGGCCAAUAUUUUGAGAAUGGAUGAGCUCAGUUGACUUAGCAAUUAUUUAAGUAUUUAUUGAAAUAGACUUGGGUCUUCAAACUUCUUUAAAAUAUUAGUGAUAGCCUGAGUUAAGUAAGCAUUUGAAAGCUGUUUGGUGAUAGAAGCUUAGUUCCGGAGGCUGGAGAUGGGGUCGUCUCCUUCCCUUGCAGGGAGCACGGUGGCGUGCUCAUGGAGCCUGGCCUUGAGGCAGGCUGUGGGCGGCUGCCUCCCAUCUGAGCACAGCACUGGGCACUCUUCCCGUCUGCUGCUCCUCUCUCCUCACUCCUGUUUUGGAUUUUCUCUUUGCACGUUUCACAUGUUUUACGGGAAUGCAUUAGAACACUUUUUCUUCUGAGAACUGAGGCUUCCAGGGCACUGCCAUUCUACUGAGUGCGUCCCUUCUCCCCGAGGGAGAAGGAAGCAGCUAGAUGGGACCCUAGCAGGAGGCCCAUGUGUUUUUUCCAAGGGUGAAGCCACCACCAUCCUCGGGGAGUGCCAGAUGCUUUACCUUUGGAGCAAUAAGAAGGUGAACAUAAAGCACGAGGCAGCAAAGUCUGCUGGGAGUGCCUGGAGGUCUUCCAGGAGUAGCAAACAAGUAACUCAGAGCAUUCUGUUAUUUUUGGAAAGUUCAAAUAUACAGGGGACAAGGAGGUUGCUGACUAUACAGAAAGGCUCUAAGCAAAUCUUCACUGAAAACCCCCCCAAAACAACCAACUAUUAAAUUAAAUUAUCAGGGACUGGUUUUGAGGAAAGGAAAAAAAAGUCCCCUAAAGUUUCCAAAAUAUCUUUUAAAAGGAUUUACACACACACACAUACACACAAACACGUAUGAUCACUAAAAAGCGUACAGUCAGUAAAAGGAAAAGUGAAAUAUUUCAAAGGACAACCUCGUCACAGUCAUUUAUUGAAUCGGUGUUUCUACAUCUUAGUGUAGAUUGUGAGGCACUCUUAUUUACCAAAACGCAAAAUAAACAAAAAAAAUAUUUUCAAGGUAGCAAGGAGAGGAGGUAGUUUUGAAUACGGUUCCCUCGGUGUUUGUACGUUUGGCGUAGCGUCCAGGUUAAGGUUGUAUCCGUUUCAAGUUAAUACUGUGGAUGUCCUAUGACACCACACACAGUUUUUAAGCGUUCACUGUGGAGAAUACACUUUGGAUUUAUAGUUCUUGUCUCUUAAUCGUUGACAUUUAUUUAACAUUUACAAACAUUAACUUUUGGCAACUGAGUGACUUGUGUCUGCAGUGUUUGUGUUAGGAAUCUAGCUUUUAUAAUGUUAACUUUUCAACCAAGGUAUUCUUGCUUUGGGAUUUUUUUUUUUUAAUUUUAAGAUUUCAUAAGUGGAAUGUAGUGUGUUAGAGGUGUGCACAAAAAUAUUUUGCAUGUCUUUUUUUUUUUUGGCCUGUGUGAAUUCUACUUUUUAAGCAAAAUAAAACCCCAAAAAGGAUGUGCACAUACAGAUAUUUCUGUGUAAAGUUUUUUCAUGUGACACAAAACGUAGGUCAUUUCUAUGCGGCUGCAAAUAAAAGCAGGAGACAAAACAAAAUGCCCCAUGGAGAAGAAAUGCAACUCGCUAGUUCUGGUGGCUGUGUGGCCCAACGGUAGUUUAAUUGCCUUGUUUAAACAGACGAAGAUAUGUGAAUAAUACAAAUGUUUUGCAUACAAAGCGAAUUUACCAGGUAAAUAAACUGAAGACUAAGUUUUGCCUUUUC